AUGACAACUGAAAAAGGCACAGGUACGAACUUUGGUAUGGGUAGAGCGUUGCACAAUCAAUCUUCAACUCUGGUGGCUCGUAGUGGAAGGUACUUGGGCAGCGACACUAGAGAGGCUCGCUGGAUAAGAAACCUGGAAGCUACAAAGUCAUUUCUGGCCGCCGUAACUAGGAAUAUGCACCAACUACCAUGCACCGAACGUGCUCAAUAUAUUAUGGAACAAGCCAUGAAAAAAGGGAGGUUUCGUUGGGGGCGGAGUGCAGAGCGUGUCGCUGGCGCUUCUAUAUGUCUGGCGCUCAGAGAAUCUGGUAGAGCCGAGUCGAUUCGUGAGGUAGCAGUUCAUAUACAAUGUCGCCAAGAACACCUGGCACGAACUCACCGCCGAGUUGCGAUAUUACUUAGUAUUAAAAUCGAGCCGCUCGAUCCAGCUCUACUAGUUUCAUCAAUAUGGAAUUACACCCAGGAAUGCUUGACGGCUUCCGCUUCAUUAUUCCCUACCGAACUCUCCAAGUUUCUUUCUGACUUGACUUCGUUCAGCCAAUCAGUGCUAAACCUUGCACACCAACUGUCCAAUUUAAUCCUUCGAGUCUCUCUGACCAACGGCCGUCAAUCGAACAUAGUGGCAUGUGCCCUUUUUAUGGUUUCACUAUCAGGCCAAGCUGGAAAACCCAUACCAAAACCUGGAGUACUUGCGUCAGUCCUCGGCGAUCGAUUUGGAGGUGCUGCUAGGAGUAUCGCUGACCGUAUUAGGGAGAUAGAGAGGCUUAUCGAGGAUUGGAGGCAUGAAUUACCGUGGGCAGAUACAGAUCUACCCGCCAACUCGCGGAAACGAACCAUCAAAGUUGCUACCUGGAUCAAGGACGUCAUUCACUUCAAGGACGACCUUUGGUCAAAACAAAUUGAAGCAGUGGCCCAUGCGCAUUAUAGUCCAUCUAUUGAGGACGAUUUCGACGAAGGAGAAGAUGAUACGAGCUCGUGCACUGGCUCUUAUUCUACAGUUGGUUCAAAGCGCAGUAGUAACGGGACCCAGAGUACAUCCAACAGCAAGCGACCUCAUCUAGAUCGUGGUUACUACGACUCUGGCCGACCACGCGCAUAUGUAGUUGAGCAAUCCAAAGCGCGCCCAAGUGCCCAGGCAACCAUUCUGGCCUCAUUACUCGACCCAUUCUCCUGCUCUAUCUCGACGCCUUCAACACUCGGUUCUGCCUGGGAUGAACUCAAAAGAAGCGACAGUGUCGCGGAUGAGGACUUAUUCGAAGAAGGCGAGCUCGAAAGAUUAAUCCGAUCUGAUGAGGAUGUUCGAGCACUUCGGGCCCGCUGGGAAGCAGAAGGUCGCUUUGAAGGCAUACCGGAAUGGAUCGAUGAGCCGCAAGAGGUUCCUCCUGACCUCGUUAAUGCGGGGGAUUUACUAGAUGCGUUUGACCCUGAUGUCGAGGAAUUAGUUGGAGCAUGGCGCGGUCCCAGCCCUACAGGAUUCGACGACAACAAUUCUUACUUUUAUGAUGAUUAG